UAACCUUCUGGUUGAGAUAGGAAAUGCAUUUGUGCGUUUCUGUGGCAACCCAAAAGAUGCCAUGGACCAGUACUUGGUGUUAGUCUAUGCUGGCCUCACUGGCUCAGUCACUAUGAUCACUUGUACAGUUUUAGCAUUGACCCGACUGGUCUUUGAGUACAAAGAUGCCAUUGAAGUUUGUACUAUGGAGGGGCUCCUGCACAACAUCUGUCUGCUGCUGACUUCUCGAACAAGAGAGAUUGUUAAAGCUGCUCUUGGUUUCAUAAAAGUUAUUCUCUUCGUCAUGGAUCCCAAAACAUUAGCUUCCCACGUCACUGUCAUGAUGGAGGGCAUUGGGAACAUUAAAGAUGAUGUAAGGAGGCACUUUAGGACCAAACUAAAGAACAUUUUUACCAGAUUCAUUAGAAAGUUUGGGUUUGAUUUAGUAAAGAGCAUGCUGCCUACAGAGCACCACAAAGUUCUUGCUAAUAUCCGAAAAGCCGAAGCUCGCAAUAAACGUAAAAAGCAGGCUGCAGAACAGCAGGACGACUCUGAUGAAGAAGAAGAAACGACUAAAAACAAGGGUGAAAGUAUUGAAGACAUCCUGGCAGAGUCUGACAGUGACAUGUCCGAGGAUGAAGCAAAACCUAAAAAAGCACAGAAAAAAACAGGCAAACCUAAAGCUAAAGCCUGGCUCAAAGAAGGGGAGGAAGAUGAUCCACUUAACUUCCUGGAUCCAAAGGUUUCCCAGAGAGUCCUAGCCACGAAUCCAGAGCUGAAAAAGAGCACCAAGAAAGAACAUGGCUUCAAGGUGACUUCAGAUGGGCGCCUUAUCAUUAGAGAGGAAGAGGAGGACAAUGUUAAAGAGAAAGAUGGAGAAAUGGAUGAUAUUCUUGAAGAGGCGGGAGUUAAAAGUAAAAAGGCACAGCAAAAAAGGUUUAAAGAUGAUGACUUUGACGAGGAAAUGGACAUUGAGCCAGAUUUAAAAUAUAAAGCUGGAGGUUCUGGUAUUCACAGACCAUUAUCUAAAGACACUGGUGCCGAGUACAAGUCAAAGAAAGGUAAAGGAGACAUAAAACAGAAAGGAAAGCUUGAUCCCUAUGCUUAUAUCCCACUCAAAAAGGCUCAGCUCAAUCGCAGGAAACGUGCUAAACUUCAAGGCCAAUUUAAGGGUAUGGUGCGAGGAGCCCAGAAGGGGGCACUAUCCGGAAAGAAAAUGCAGAAGAAAAAGCGGAAAGCCUGAGGAGUAUGACGUGAACAGAAUCUGGGUUUGCCCUGUUCUGAAAAGACUAUUAUUUCAUUGUAUUUGGUGUGAAACCAAAUAACUGAAGAUGUGCCUGGGAUAUUCAGUGACAGAAGAAACACCGUAUUUCGUGGUGAAAACUUAUCCAAGAAAUGUCCUAAUAUUAUUAACUGAAAAUAAUUGAUGGUAACUAUUUUACCUAAGAUUAUGCUAGUUCUGGCCGAAAAAAGUGUAUUGAUUAAUAGUUACAUGAACACAUUAAAUUAAAUUUCCUUAUUGAUACCUCA